AUGAAGGAGUUUUGUCACCGUUAUGAAAUUCGGGCUUUGGAGCGAGAGUUUGAUGAUCUAAAGCAAGAUGGGGCUGAACACCGUGCCUAUACGGAUCGUUUUGAGGAACUCAGUCUGUUGUGUCCCACUAUGGUUACCCCUCUGGAGAAGGCAAUUGAGAGAUAUAUCGAUGGUUUGCCCGAUUCCAUUCAGGAUAUUGUGACCGGCGUUAAUCCUACUACCGUCCGUCACGCAAUCGAAUUGUCUGCUACCUUGACUGAGUCGCAAGUCAGGAAGGGUAAACUUACCCGUAAGGGGGACAAGAAGAAGUCGACUAAUUCUGAGAAGAACAAGGAUAAGGGUAAGAAAGGUGAGACGUCAAAGAAGUCGAGGAAGCGGAAGGAUGCUCAGAAUUUUGCUGUUACAACACAGACUGCUCAGAACCCGCAGAACCCACCGGCUCAGCUACCUGUGAAAAAGGUGCAGGAAGAUGCAAGUGGUAGGCCUAAGCAAAGCAGAAGUUAGAAAAAAAGGCGGAAGGCUAAGUUAAAGCUUGGAAUGAAGCCCAUUCUUGGAGUCAGUCAUGUUACAGGAAAAAGAGCAUGAAUUACUGUCAUCAUUUUGCAAAUUUUGUUUGUGAUCUCAAAGCAGAUGUUUGUAAGUAUCUUGCUUUAGACACAUAUAUGUAAUGUUUGGACAUUUGGUGAAGCGAAAAUAGAGGAUCUGAAUUCACAGUGGCAGAGUCGGGCAGCAAAGAAAUUCAAGGCACCUAACCUUAGUAGUUCCCCAGAGCCAACAACCAUGACUCAAUGUGAUGAUGAUGUAGAUGAGACUUGGGUGGAGGCCAAUGAAAUUGAGUUGGUUGUGACCCAAGCUGGAGUCUGAAUAUAAAAUGCGGCCAAGGCUUUAAAGGAUGCAAAUGGUGACAUUGUAUAUGCAAUUUUGAAACUCACAACUUAA